AUGAUCGAUCAUAGUUUAGUUGAAGAUCAAUUCAUUUCUGGGGGAAGAGUCUUGUUUAACACGUUGUUAUCCAUCCCACAGAAAACACUGAGACUCCUGCAGGGUGCCAGAGGAAUGCACAAGUCAGCAGUGGAAGUGUUGAAGAGUCCACUUCCUGAGGAAACGGUGACGGCCAGUUUUGGGAAGUUCAUCAGUGAGGUGAGGCCUGAGCACCUGUCCCCCGUGGUUCUGCGGCGCAGUAAGAGAAUGGUGCUGGACAGCAUCGGCGUGGCUCUGCUCGGCAGCAGAACGGAGGUGUUUGAACUGGCACUGCAGCACUGCCAGCACAUGUACGCUCCACAUCACGUCAGCUCAGUCUAUGGACGCAGCGGCACCAAGCUCUCGCCGACCCUUGCGGCGUUUGUCAACGGAGUGGCGACUCACUCCAUGGACUUUGAUGACACCUGGCACCCGGCCACUCACCCCUCAGGAGCCGUGCUGCCCGCUGUGCUGGCCCUCUGCGACAUGAUGCCGGCGAGCCACAAGCCAAGCGGCCUCCACCUCCUGCUGGCCUUCAACGUCGGCGUGGAGAUCCAAGGCCGACUGAUGAGGUUCUCUACCGAGGCGCAUAACAUCCCCAAGAGGUUCCACCCUCCCAGUGUGGUGGGCACCAUGGGCAGUGCAGCCGCCUGCGCUCGCCUCCUGUCUCUGACUCCACUCCAGUGCAGUCACGCGCUAGCCAUCGCCGCCUCGCUCAGCGGCGCCCCCAUGGCCAACGCCGCCACUCAGUCCAAACCUCUGCACAUCGGCAACGCCGCACGCUUGGGGCUGGAAGCCGCCAUCUUGGCCUCUGGCGGUCUGGAAGCGAGCAUGUUGGUCCUGGAUGCUGUGGAAGGCGUGGCUGGCUUCGAUGCUUUCUACAGGGACUACGCUCCGCAGGCGUUAGAGGCCCCGGACUGUGGGCACCAGUUCUUGCUGGAGCAGCAGGACAUGGCUUUCAAGAGGUUCCCAGCACAUCUGGGGAUGCACUGGGUGGCAGAUGCUGCUGUCUCUAUCCAUAAACAGGUUGUGGGCAUUGACCCAGGGACCUUGGACCCAGCUCAGGUGAAGGACAUCCUGCUCAGGGUGCCCUUAUCCAGGUACAUCAACAGACCCUUCCCAGAGUCCCAGCAUCAGGCUCGCCAUUCCUUCCAGUUCAACGCCUGCAGCGCUCUCCUGGACGGCCAGGUCAGCGUGGAGUCCUUCAGCCCAGCUGCAAUGGAUCGUCCGGAGCUUCACGCCCUGCUGAGCCGGGUGCGUGUGGAGCAUCCUGGAGACAAUCCAGCCAACUUCAGCCGCAUGUACGCAGAGGUCCAGGUGACGCUCCUCGGCGGUGACGUUCUGACGACGCGCUGCGACAGCUUCUACGGUCACUGGCGAAACCCUCUGACCAAUGAGAGCUUGAGAAAGAAGUUCAGGAGCAAUGCAGGGGCGGUGCUUCCAUCAGCGCAGGUGGAGCGGCUGGUGGAGCUGGUGGAGGGUCUGGACACACAGGCGGACUGCAGCGUCCUCCUCUCGCAGCUGCAGUGA